UCAAAGCUGAACCAGGAAGCAGGAUGUCACGAGAAAGAAAGAAAGAAAGAAGCUGUGUGGCGAUGGCAGUUCAUGUCUACAGCAGCUGUGGGUAACUAGCAACAGCUCCAAGGCCACUGGGAAAUGGCUCCAGCACAGAUCUUGCUGUUCCUGGCACUGACAGCCAGCUUGACUGAGCGAGUGCAUUGUGAGGAGGAAGACCAUGAGAAUGCUGAGGAUCCAACUGAGGCUUCUGCAAUAGAGACGUCAGCGCAAACUGAACCAAGCCCGUCAGUUGAAACACUUGAAGACGACGAGACCCCAGGAUCAGGAUUAUCACCAGAAUAUGGGUUAUCUGAAGAUAGAGUGAACGAACCUCCCACAGAGAUGCCAUCGACUGAGGAUCUGAGCCCAACCAUCAUCAUCAUCCCUUUGGUGGCAGUUCUGGUCAUCAUCAGCAUGGUGGUGGCAGCAGUGAUGAUUAGUCGCCGGUUGAGAAGAAAAUCUGCUGGCUCCGAACCUGUGCAACAGGAUGAAUACUUGGAUGCCUGUGAGGGUGAAAAAGUUCCAAUGCCCAUGUUUGAAGAUGAUGUUCCUUCUGUGCUGGAGCUGGAGAUGGAAGACUUGGAGAAAUGGAUGGUGAAAGAUGGUGGUGGCAGCAAUUUGAACUCAGGUCCAGUAUAGCUGGCGAGAAUGUAGGGAUGGAGCUUGUGACUACUGCCUUUUCCUUGUCUACCAACCUUGUUAAACAGCUCUGUGGACCAGCACAGGCAGACACUAGGACCACAGGAACCACAGUCCACAGGCACCGGACACUGCUCACAUGAGGCCUUUAUCACCCGUGUAAGAUGGGUGGACGAGCGCAUUGUGACAAUAACGCUUCUUUUAGCAUUGCUGUUUUGUCCUCACAUUUCCUCAGAACAUUUUUGUUUUGUCUUUGUGGCAUACUAUUUCAUUCCAAUUCAAUUGGUUGUGCUUACCUGCGCACAACCAUUGAUAAUGGUAAUAAUUAUAUAGAGAAAAGUUUCAUAGACCAGGAGUGGGCCCAAGGACCAGAAGUGGGCCUUACUGAAGCAAAUAUAGCAGUGAUUGAAACAAACAUCAGUCUGUUACCGUGUUCCACUCGUGCACAUAUGUACACCUAACCACUACAUCACUGCCGCAAACCAGUUUGGAAUGUGUAUGUCUUUGUUGUUCCAAGUAUGUGGAUAGAUGUGAUUACAAAGAAUACUAAUGUGAAGUCUAGUCUGCAGAUUGUUGGCUAAGAAGCAGUGAAUGCAUCACAACCAAGCAGCCUUUGUGGUCAACAUAUGUCCCAAGCAAAUGGGACACCUCUGCAGUUUUUACCAUUUCAAUGUGUUGAGUUCUAUUUGUUAGCAUCACCUGUUUCCAAACUGCAACAAUGUAUUAACUAUUAUUUAAAUAGAUGAAAAGACGUGGCUGAUGGAGUACAAACAUGAACAUAUUAUAUGGCUUUGCCGUAGCCAAUUGAUGUAAAUACUGAGAAAAUAUAAACUAUUCUAUAGGGUGUUUUUUUUUUCUUGUUUUGGUUGUACUUUGAUACAUGUCACAUCACAGAGGCUUGCUUUUGAAAUUGAAAUAAAAUAAAAAUAGUAUUGUA